UCAGAGGGCAGCUCCUUUCUCCCGCAUGGCCCUCUCAGCUUGGGCCAUCUACUGCCUCCUGGGGAGCCUCCUGCUCCCUGGGGGCAGCCCCAGCCCUGGUCCCAGCCCCACUAUGCCUCGUCUGCGGCUCUCCUACAGAGAUCUCCUGUCUGCCAACCGCUCUGCCAUCUUUCUGGGCCCAAGGGGCUCCCUAGACCUCCAAGUCAUGUACCUGGAUGAGUAUCGGGAUCGCCUCUUUCUGGGAGGCCGAGAUGCCCUCUACUCCCUGAGGCUGGAUCAGGCAUGGCCAGACCCCCGGGAGGUCUUGUGGCUGCCACAACCAGGACAGAAGGCAGAAUGCAUCCGAAAGGGAAGAGAUCCUUUGACAGAGUGUGCCAACUUCGUGCGGGUCUUACAACCCCAUAAUCGGACCCAUCUUCUGGCCUGCGGCACUGGAGCCUUCCAGCCCAUCUGCACCCUCAUCACAGUGGGGCAUCGAGGCGAGCACGUGCUCCUCCUGGAGCCCAGCAGCGUGGAAAACGGAAGGGGACGUUGCCCACAUGAGCCUAGAGGUCCCUUCGCCAGCACCUUCGUAGCGGGGGAGCUGUACACAGGCCUCAAUGCUGACUUUCUGGGACGUGAGGCCAUGAUUUUCCGGAGCGGGGGUCUCCGACCAGCCCUGCGUUCUGAUUCUGACCAGAGCCUGCUGCAUGAGCCCCGGUUUGUGAUGGCUGCUCGGAUCCCAGAUAACUCUGACCCGGAUGAUGAUAAGGUGUACUUCUUCUUCUCCGAGACUGUCCCAUCACCAGAUGGUGGCCCAGGUCAUGUCACCAUCAGCCGCGUGGGCCGCGUCUGUGUGAAUGAUGCUGGCGGCCAGCGAGUGCUGGUGAACAAAUGGAGCACCUUCCUCAAGGCGAGGCUGGUUUGUGCUGUGCCUGGACCUGGUGGAGCUGAGACUCACUUUGACCAGCUGGAGGAUGUGUUCCUGCUGUGGCCCAAGGCAGGGAAGAACCUUGAGGUGUACGCGCUGUUCAGCACGGUCAGUGCUGUGUUCCGGGGCUUUGCUGUCUGUGUGUACCACAUGGCAGACAUCUGGGAGGUCUUCAAUGGGCCCUUCGCCCACCGAGAUGGCCCUCAGCAUCAGUGGGGACCCUAUGUGGGCAAGGUUCCCUUCCCCCGCCCUGGUGUGUGCCCCAGCAAGAUGACCGCACAGCCCGGGCGACCCUUCGGCAGCACCAAAGACUACCCAGAUGAGGUGCUGAAGUUUGUCCGAGACCACCCGCUCAUGUUCCAGCCUGUCAGGCCCAGGCGUGGCCGCCCUGUCCUGGUCAAAACUCACUUGGCUCAGCAGCUGCGCCAGAUUGUGGUGGACCGGGUAGAGGCUGAGGAUGGGACCUAUGAUGUCAUCUUCCUAGGGACCGAUUCAGGCUCUGUGCUCAAAGUCAUUGCUCUCCAGCGUAGUGGCUUGGCCGAGCCUGAAGAGGUCAUUCUGGAGGAGCUCCAAGUGUUUAAGGUGCCAACACCUAUCACCGAGAUGGAGAUCUCUGUCAAAAGGCAAGCCCUGUACGUGGGCUCUCCCCUGGGAGUGGCCCGGCUGCAGCUGCAGCAGUGUGAGACUUACGGGAGUGCCUGUGCUGAGUGCUGCCUGGCUCGGGACCCAUACUGCGCUUGGGAUGGCACUUCCUGUGCCCGCUACCGCCCCAGCUCCGGCAAGCGCAGGUUCCGUCGGCAAGACAUCCGACAUGGCAACCCUGCUGUGCAGUGUUUGGGCCAGGGCCAGAGCCGAGACAAAGAAGCUACAGGACUGGUGACCAGAGUCUUUGGCACAGAGCACAACAGCACUUUCCUUGAGUGCCUGCCCAAGUCUCCCCAGGCUGCGGUGCGCUGGUUCUUACAGAGGCCAGGGGAUAAGGAGACGGACCAGGUGAAGACAGAUGAGCGAGUUGUGCAAACGGAGCAGGGGUUGCUGUUCCGAAGGCUCAGCCGCUUCGAUGCAGGAAACUAUACCUGCACCACACUGGAGCACGGCUUCUCCCAGAUGGUGGUUCGCUUUGCCCUGGAAGUGAUUGCGGCUGCACAGCUGGAAAGCCUGAUCCUCCGGGAGCCAAGGCUGGAGGAGCCCUCAGCCUGGGGAGGCCCGGCCUCUGCAUCACCGAAGGCUUGGUAUAAGGACGUCCUUCAGCUCACGGGUUUUGCCAACCUGCCCCGUGUGGAUCAGUACUGUGAGCGUGUGUGGUGCAGGGGUGCCGGGGAGCGCCCAGGCUCCUUCCGGGGAAGGGGAAAGCAGGCUAAAGGCAAGAGCUGGGCAGGGCUGGAGUUGGGCAAGAAGGUGAAGAGCAGGGUGCUGGCUGAGCACAAUCGGACUCCCCGGGAGGUAGAAGCCACAUAGAAGAUGCCUGAGGAGGGGGUGGUCAGGCUGGGCGGGGGGGACUCAACAGCAUCUCCCUUCCACCCAGCUAGGGCAGAGGAGUCCAGGACACCUGAUUCCCUCUUAGAGGAAAUCUCUACCACCCACAGGAAAGGCUAGUCGCUGCUGGGAGGGACCUUGCACCUCAGCCUAUUCCCUGACCCUCUCUCUGUGCUCUCAGUCCCAGGCUGGAGCUGGCACCCCUGACCACUUGUAGUCCCAAGGGGCCUGCUAUUUGUUCUCAGAGAUGGUGUGGCUUCCGGAGCACAUUUCCGGUUGUGCCCAGAGGCAAGACGGUUGGGUGGUUCUUUUCCAGCUUGCAGAACAAUGGCCAUUCUGAGUGACUCUCUGAGCGGUGUAUGGGUAGCUCUGAGGGGAUAUAUUGGCAGUCCACCAGAAGAGGGGAAAGUUAAGCUUCCUAAGGUAGUACCUGUUAAGAAACCCUUGCCCCAACAGAGGGGCCAAAGGAGGUGGAGGAGCUGAGGAGGUGGGGUAGCACUGUUUGCCUGACUCCGUGCUUUGGAAUCUAGAUGUUUCCCUGCCUCGGCCUACUACCAUCUCAUACAUACAGGGGCAGGGAUUGUUGGAACCUGGAGGCAGCCUGGCCCCCCUUUUAAACCAGAAAGAGUCAUCUCAUAACGUGAUACCUUUUCCUAGGUCCCAAAUUGUUCGUCCAGGUUUGCUGGGGUGCCCAUACCUCACCACUGGGGUCACUUCCUGAGGAUCAGAGGAAAGGUCUGUGGAGUAGAGAGAGGCAGAAGGCAGCUGGGGGUGGGAGUGUGAGGCAGGCACAGUCAGGCCUGCGAGGUUAGGAGGGGAUGCUCUGAGACCUGCAGCCAGUGGUCAGGGUCAGCACCCUGGGCUUUGUCUAGGGCUCCAAAGAGCUACAGAGAGGCGGGUCUGUGAGCAGGAGUCCUCAAGAAUCAAAGUGACAUCAACUGGUUCAGGAACCACGCGGCAGGCCAGAUGUUUCUAAUCCUGGAGUCUCCAUUUUCUGCUAUAUGCAGGGUAGUCAGGGUGGUCCAUGUAAGACUCCCAUGUUUUAUCUGUGGUACUUGGGUUUGAACCCAGGGUUUCAUGCAUGCUAGACAAGUACUCUACUUCUGAGUUCUAAGUCCAGCACUCUCUUUCUCUCUCUCUGGGAAAACAUGGAAAAGAAAGCUGGUAAGAAUAGUAAAUCCUGCUGUUCUGGGAUGGGGAAACAGAGCAGACCAGGGCACAUCUGGCCUGGGCUGUAGGGAGGACCUUUGCCUUCAGCAGUUUCUCCAGCUGGCGAGCAGAGAGGGGGAGGAGAACAAUUAAAUGAAAAAUUAUUCCCAGCCUGAGGGUGAGCAAGUUGGUGACGCACAAGAUGGACAAGAGGGCAAGUCUGAGAUCCCCUCUUUGAAAAGAAGGAAAAAGGAAAAAGGGUGGAGGGGUGGGGAGAGACGAUGAAACAGCAAUACAGAGCUUCUUGUUCUACUGAAAUUCAAACUGAGGACCUUGGGCUUAUCUCCUCUUUCCCGGUACCCCAGCUCUUGCGCUGGGGUCUGAACUUACACCCCUUCUCCACUUUGUUCACCUGGCAAACAGAAGCCCUGAAAUCCACCUGUCCGAAUCCACCUAUCUACCCUGUCUGUGGGUGCCGUCCCUUGGGAUGUUGGUGGAUGAACGAAGAGGACAGGAGUGGGUGGGAGCUAGAAGGGAGGAGGGUGGGGAGGGACCCUAAGGCAGAAGGCGGCAACCUCACUCUCAGUGGCCUCUGAGCCGAGUUUAGGUUUGGUAAGCUCUGGGCAGGGUCCUCUAGCGAAGAGGCCCUGGAAAACACAGGGAGAAGGACUCAAUAUCCUGAAUGACCUACCCCUAUACUUGGGAAAAUAAGCCAGCUCCUGCCGACUGCCAUCCUCCCAUGGUACUGUGCUACGAGCACCCGGAAACACCCACGCGUGUGAACUGUAUUUGUGUUAGUGCUUUGAAAUGGGCCUUUUGGCUGCUCAGUCUUCCAAGCAUGCUUAUUGAAAUUGCUAUUGAUAUUUUUAUUGUCGUGUUGCCUUUGAGCUCUCCUGAGGAAAGCAGAACCAGUAAGAAAAAAAAUGAAGAAAUAUUUUAUCACA